AUGGAUCUCCGAGCAAACGAAGAGACGGGCCACAACAACGAGCUGACGAUGACGGAGGAGCGCAAGAUAACGUCCACGCCGGUGAUGGAAUUCUACCGCGACAAGUGCGUCCUGAUUACUGGCGGUACCGGCUUUAUCGGACGACUGUUGAUCGAGAAGCUGCUUCGAAUUAACGUGCGACAGAUUAUCCUGCUAUCGAGGCCCAAGAAGGGCAAAACGGCACAGCAGCGUUGCGACGAUCUGUUCAGCAGCAUCGUGUUUAUGAACCUCAAGAAAGACUGCCCAACGUUCAUCGAUCGCGUCAAGCUGGUCGAUGCCGAUCUGCAGCAUCCUUCGCUCGGUCUGUCGGACGAAUCGGUCGAGUACAUCGUCAACAACGCCCAGAUUGUGCUGCAUGCCGCCUCGGACGUCCGGUUCGACCAGGCGCUCAAGAAGGCGAUCGAGGUGAACGUGCGCGGUACGCGCGAUCUGCUGCGCAUCACGGAAAAGAUCGUCAACCUCGAGCUGUUUGUGUACAUCUCCACGGCGUACUCGAACUGUCCGCAGGGUUUGAUCAAGGAGCAGUUCUACACGCCACCGUCCGAACCGGAAAAGAUGAUCCAGCUGGUGGAGGCGAUGGACGAACGGUUCGAGGAGCACAUGAACAAAACGGUGAACGAUUUCAUCCAUCCCUGGCCGAACACCUACGUCUACACGAAGGCACUCACGGAGGACGUCGUGCGGCAGUAUGGUGAGCUUCUACCAAUCGCCGUCGUUCGUCCAUCCAUUGUGAUUGCAACCAACGAAGAACCGAUCGGCGGGUGGACUGAUAACAUCUACGGCCUGAACGGUGUGAUCGCCGGCAUCGCACUCGGCAUCAUUCGCAUUAUGCACGUGGACGACAACAACAAGGCGGACAUCAUACCGGCGGAUAUAGUGGUGAACGCGGUGCUCGCUGCCGGAUGGCAAACCUACGUAGAACGUUUUAUCUAUCACCACCUUAGGAAAAGCGACCGGCCGUUGCCGGAGGCCAAAACGAACGGGGAGCUCAAGGGGGUGGUUAAACCGCGCACAAAAAUUUACAACUGUGUCACCGGAAAUGACAAUCCCAUCUCGUACCAAAAAAUCUACGAGUAUUCGAUCGAGGUUGGUAAACAUUGUCCGCCGAAGAAAUCGCUCUGGAUCGUGUGUCAUAAUACGACGACCAACAAGUAUUUGUACGAGUUCUACAAACUGAUCUACCAUCUGCUGCCAGCGCUACUGAUUGAUACCUACCUGCGAGUGAUCAGACGUACACCAAGAGUUAUGGACCUUUAUAGAAAGGUGCACAAAUUCGCCACUGUUAUCGCUUACUUUGCCAACGGUCGAUGGACGUUUGAGAAUGACAAUAUGAGAUCUCUGAGAGAUAAAUUAUCUCCCGACGAUCAGAUCAUGUUUCCAUGCAACAUUCAGAAGAUCGAAUGGGCCGACUACUUCUGGACGUACAUACACGGGCUUCGCAAGCACAUCGCCAACGAACCGUUGGAGAACCUGGACGAAGCGAUCAAACGGCACAAGCAGAUGCGGAUAGUGCACUUCUUCAUCCUGGCCGCCUACUACUCACUGUGGGCUUUACUCAUAUACUACCUCUUCAAAGCGGUUGGGAUGCUGGUGUUCUAA